UCCCAGUUUCUAUUGCAUGCAUAGAAUGUUAAGACAAUUAGCUUUUAUCGCAGCCUGCUGGGCUGUAGCUCUCGGAUUUAAAGAAAACAAUAAGGAUUUACCGUAUCCAAAAAAUUGUUCAACUGUCGAUUAUUGCUCAAAUUUGAGGAGUAAAAUCCCGAGUCAAAGUGAAAUUUACGCAGCACAGUUUGUCGGAAUUGCAAAUAAAGGGGUGAAGUUUUCCUUGAAGAACGGCGAAAACGAGUUGAUGUUAGAAAUAUAUAGCCUAAACAAAAACCGAUUUCGCUUUAUUAUAGAAGAGCCGGAUUCUCACAGAUAUAAGUUGGAACAUUCGUUAGUUCGUGAACCGACAGUAAGAGGGUUUGAUGAGGUAGAAGGAUUUGACGAUCAUACCAUUGCUACAGAUACGGAUGGAAACUCGGUUCGGGUAAAUUAUUCACCCUUUGAGAUAAAAUUUUAUUCUGGCAAAACACUAGUGACAAAGUUCGAUGGAGAGCGACUCAUUAUGGAUAACACUAAACAAAGUCAAGCUUUCGCCUUCUACGCCACCUUUCCACAGGCUAGUAAAUUCGUAGGGUUACAUGAACAUGGAGAUAUUCUAGCGUUACGGCAUACUUCGGAUCAGAGUACCGACCCUUAUAGAUUAAAAAAUACAGAUUUUGGAGAUGAAGAAUAUCACGUAAAUACCACGGAAGCUAUGUACGGCUCAGUGCCGUUGCUCUAUGCUCUUGGAAAAGAAUUUACGCCAGCCCUAUUUUUACACAAUGCUGCUGAAAUGUACGUGGAUAUUGAUAAUCACAAGCUCGCGACAUACUUUAUGGUAGAAGGAGGUACCAUGGAUGUAUUUGUUCUUCUUGGUCCCAAAAUACGGGAUAGCCUCCAACAAUAUAUGGAUUUAACUGGAACCUCCCAGCUACCACAGCUUUGGGCGUUAGGAUAUCACCAAUGUAGGAUUCAAUACGGGUCCACGGAGGAUGUUAAGGAAACAAUUGGGGGUUUCGAUUCUGCCAAUUUUCCUAUGGAUACUUUGUGGUUAGUCAGAUCGGCUACGUACGACCAAAAAUGGUUUACUUGGGAUUUUGAGGAUUUUGCCGAUCCGGUUGCUUUGCUUGAAUGGGUAGAUUCCCAAGCUCAUAGAAAACUGACCGUUAUGGCUGAAUGUAGUAUUAAGAUUGACCCGACUUAUUCUUUAUACACCGAGGCAGUUGAGAAUGGUCUAUUCGUGAAAGACAUUGAUGGCGUUUCCGAUUUUAUCAAUCUAUGUUGGGCUGAAAAUAGUAGCUGGGUAGAUUUCCUAAAUCCGGCAGCUCGAGAUUUCUAUGCCAAACAGCACCACUACGAUAAUUUCCCAUCCACACCAGCAUUAGGAGGUUUCUGGAAUGAUAUGGACGAGCCUACUUUGUUUGACAAUUUAUACGAAAGAACUUUGCCGUCAAUGUCACUGCAUUAUGGAAACGUUCCCCACCGAGAUAUCCAUAACGCCUACAGUCUGCUUCACAGUAUAGCAACUUACCAAGGUCUAUUGGAGCGUGAUAAUGGACGGUAUAGGCCGUUCAUACUAACCCGCGCAGUUUUCGCCGGAAGUCAAAGAUAUGCCGCCAAAUGGAGUGGAGACAACUGGGGUUUGUACUUACACCUCCGUUACAGUGUUCCGAUGACAUUAACCGCUAAUCUUGCCGGCAUCGUGUUUUAUGGAGCAGACAUACCUGGGUUCUACUGGGGAGACGACUAUGAUGAUCAACUAGUUAUAAGAUGGUACCAAAUUGCCGUAUGGAUCCCUUUCUUCCGAGCACAUGCAGACAGCGGUGACAGACGAGAACCGUACACUUUUGGCAAGGAAACUCAGGACAUUUUGCGUGAGACGUUUAGCUGGCGCUACAGUCACCUGCCUUAUUGGUACACCAUAUUCUACGAGCAUACGUUGAAUGGAGACCCUCUCACAAUACCGAUGUUUUACCAGUACCCUGACGAAGAAGCUGGAUACGACCUAAACGAUCAAUUCCUGCUAGGAUCUGACAUCCUAAUCGCCUCAGUGUAUGAAGCCAAUGCGACUGGAGUAGAUGUGUAUUUCCCAGGAGGCAAGGAGCAAUAUUGGUAUCAAAUUGCGGCUAAUGUCAGUGCGGUGUAUGUGGGCAGCCAAACUAGCAAAGUACCCGUGAAUAUUAACUUUAUACCGAUAUUUUAUAGAGGUGGAAGCAUCAUUGCGAAAAAAGAAAUUCCCAGGAAAUCAGCAACGGAAAUGAUAAAUGACCCGUUUACAAUUCAUGUCAUUCCAGACCAGAAUAAGAAAGCGGAAGGGAACAUAUUUAUAGAUGACUACGAAAGUUUCGAGUAUAUAAAUAACAAAAAUUAUUUAUAUUUGAAACUUUCUUACGAUGGAAGUAAUGAUCCCAAUGUGAUUUUUAUAAGCUUAAUUGACAGUGAUGUUAACGGAGAUGGUUUAAAGUUUAUAUAUUCAGAGAUAAAGUUUUACGAAGUUUCGGAUGAUGGAAAAACAUACAAAGUGACCACGCACUCACAAUCAAGUUCAGAUGAGUCUUUUAGACAAAUCGAUGUUAAUCAAUUAAAUAAAACUAACGAAAAUAUGAAAUUUAGAUAGUAACCAUUGUAAUUUAGCAGUUUUCGAUGUUUCGAGCUUACGUAUAUUUUUUUGCCAACUCCAAAAAUUAACGUUUUAAAAUAAAAUAACAGCGAUCGAUGGCCAUUUUGAUAUUUUUUACACUUUAUAAGCUCAUAAUCUUUGUUUAGUCUGCUGUUUAAGUUGCAACUCAAGCAAUUGAUGAAGUAAAUAAAUAAAAAUAUAAUAAAUAAAAAGCCGUUGCGUUUUUAAUACGUUUUAUUUCAUCAACAGAAAACGUCAAAUUGGUUGUGUAUGCAACAGAUAUAAAGAAAAACUGCGAAUCGCCCAUUUAAAUGUCUCUAAAUUAUGUAAUAUAUCCAUCCUUACACAUACACGAUAUUUUAUGUGAACCAUUAUGGAAAACUUAAAAAUAGUCCCAUCAGGUUUUAAAUAUGGUGACAUUUAUAGCACGUAGAAAGCGUGUUUUCGUAGGAAUGUUAUUUUAAACAUAAAAAAGUGUUUUAUAGUUUGAUAUGCAAAUAUUUAAUAACUAAUAACCUUCGUUUCAAAAACUGAGUUGCGCUGCUAAUUAACAAAAAAAAAAUCAAUGUACAAACACAAAUAUGUUGGUGCAAUAGAAAUACAAGUAAGAUUUUUAGUGUCUCCGAAAUUUCCAGUUCAAUUUGAUUUCAGUUCGAGUUAUUAGUACAUUUUAUUAUUAUUUAUAUAUUAUGUACAUUUACUCACGUUAAAGUUUAUGCCAUUGCAUUAAUAUGCUUUGACCCAAAUCCAAUCCAGUUUAGGCUAGCCCUGCAUAAAAGUUUAUCCAUAAAAAUGUACAUUUAAAGCUUACAAUAAACUAUAUAAAUUGGCACAAAAAUAUCUUUUGCAGAACAGCUCUAAUAUAACUUUUAAACACUUAAAUAUUCUUCUAAUUAUCACAUUGUAAUAAUUAUUAUGUCAGUAAUAAAUGGUUUUGGAGGAUGUCUGCUCGAAAGAGUUUACGCUGUGACUGUAUGUAUUUCCUCAAAUUUACCUUACGUUACGUUUAUUAUAUUCAGGAUUCAUCUUUAUAUGCAAUAUAAAACCGUGAUGGUCAGCGACAAUAGAUACAGAAAAAAAACUUUAAAAAUAAAUAAGAACUAAAAGUUCAGAUUUUCAGGAAAUUUUAUAUU